AUGUUAGAUGAUAAAGACUUAUUGAAAUAUCUUCCAAUCUAUUCAUUCCUCUUUCCAAAUGUAAAAGGCUCUAGCUUAUAUAAUGCUUAUGACCAAAAUAAAGUGAAAGAUAAAUUGGUUAUUAAAAUCAACCAAGAUGAUCAAACCCCAAAGUUUUCUGUUGCAAAUAACAUUUCAGAAGUAUAUGGUUUAUCUGGGAUUCGUGAAUGUAUUAAUGGUCAAAAACCUUUAAGGGCUGUAAUAAAUAUUGAUGCUACACAGAAGGAUAUGAAAGCAAAUAGAAUUAAGCCUAAUAGUGUAUUCAUUUAUAUCUAUUGCUCUUUCAUAAGAGCUUUGUAUCAUAUCCUUGAUUAUAGCUGA